AUGGGGGACUGGUCCAUACUGGGUCGCUUCCUCUCAGAGGUUCAGAACCAUUCCACAGUGAUAGGGAAGAUCUGGCUCACCAUGCUGCUCAUUUUCCGCAUCCUACUGGUGGCCUUGGUGGGCGAUGCCGUCUACAGCGAUGAGCAGUCCAAGUUCACCUGCAACACCCAGCAGCCCGGAUGCAACAACGUCUGCUACGACACGUUCGCUCCGGUCUCACAUCUACGCUUCUGGGUCUUCCAGAUUGUGCUGGUCUCUACGCCCUCCAUCUUCUACAUUGUUUUUGUUCUGCAUAAGAUCGCCAAAGAUGAAAAGCUGCAGGGUCAGAGGUCACAGGUGGCGGCCCAGAGGCCUCCCAGACGGACGGAACGAGACGCCAUGGAAGCCCUUAGGGUCGACAUGGCCAACUACUAUCCCUGUUACAAGGAGGAAUGGAACGCAAGGGAGAGGGGCGGAGCGGAGCAGAGCAUAGUGGAGGAGGACUACGGAGAGCUGGGAGAGGACCCCACACACCAGUCCAACCAGGUCCUCCUCAUCUACAUCCUUCAUGUUUUACUUCGAUCUGUCAUGGAGAUCACAUUCCUGGUGGGCCAGUACUUCCUGUUUGGGUUCGAGGUGCCUCACCUGUACCGCUGUGACACCUACCCCUGUCCGACUCGUACUGACUGUUUUGUGUCACGGGCCACAGAGAAAACCAUCUUCCUGAACUUCAUGUUCAGCAUCAGCUUAGGCUGCUUCGUGCUCAACAUCGCUGAGCUCCACUACCUGGGCUGGAUCUACAUUUUCCGCAUCCUGUGCUCGGCCUGCUCCACCUGCUGUUGUCAGGAGAGGGACACUGUGGAACUGUACUCACAUCACAACCCCCUUCUGCUGCAGCUCAGGCACUCGCUGAGGGGCCAGCUGGUCCUGCAGACCCCCGCAACCAUGAUCCAGGAAAAGGCAGGGGGGCUGCUCGCACACGCUCCGGCCAUCUCCUUUGAGACAGACUCAACUGUGGAGUGCACCUCCAAGAGAACCCCAGAGAAGAGAGACAAGGUGAAGGUGAAGCUGGCAAACAUGGCCCGAGUGGGAAGGACUAAGAAAUCAUGGCUGUAG